AUGUCGGACAGCAAAGACAUUGAGGAACACAUACAACGUAUGCGUGGAUGGUUCCAACAAAUCAAUGACAUUGCACCAAACUCGUGCACUGAAGCCGAUUGGAUAACCACGUUAGUAGCAAGCCUACCUGACUCAUGGGACACGUUCACCCAGUCUGUAAGCUUCGAAUUCGACACUGAAGACAAGAAUAAAUUAGCCAAUCAAGUGAGUGACCUACGCUCACGUAUUAUGGCCGAAGCACACCAAAGAAAUACCCGACAACCUGACGGUAAGACUUUCUUUGCUACAAAUAAACCAAGCUUCAAUAAAUUUGUACGUACCAAUAUGAGUAAUAAAGGCCCAGAUAAGUCUAAAUUGAAAUGCAAUAACUGCGGAAAGAUUGGACACUGGGCAGCCAAAUGCCAAGGUCCAGGUGGAGGCGCAUUCAAGCCCAACCAUUCAAAUAAAGGCGGUCAACCAAACAGAAGAUUCAACACACCAGGAAAAGCUAGGAAUGGCAAUGCCCGCACGCAUAUAGCCAUAGCUAAUAACUCUGAACAUAAAGAAUAUGCGUUCUUGACCCUUGAGGACAAAAUAAGCCUGAUAGGCAAGACCCCCAACACCUGGAUAGCAGAUAGCGGCACUACUACUCACAUAGCAAUUGAUUGGAAUGCAUUCUCCAAUUAUACCAAGUCAUCCGGCUACAUUGCCGGAGUCACUGGCAAAGAGCCAAUAAUGGGCCGCGGCACUGUAGAGCUAUUCAAAGGAAAGAACAAACAGAAAGCAUCAAACUCACCAAGCCAAUCUACUGAGCCUAAACUCACUACUCACGCUGCUGUUCCUAAACCCAGCUCUACUUGUUCUAAGCUUACUAUGCCCCACUCUGGGACUUGUCUUGAUACUGCUGAAUCUGCUUGCAAGAUCAAUGCAAACCCCUCCCUCAAGUCCUCUGGCGUCCAAACCCGUUGCCAAAACCCCAACAAGCCCAAGCUCACCUUGGACACCAACUACAGAGGUGUCAAGAUCACUGUCAAAGACACUGCCGCCGCUCCCACCGGUUUGUCUAGCCCAAACAUCCCUGGUGCAUUCACUAACUACAUUACAGAACUCAACAAAUACUGCAAUGACUCAGGAAGCAAUUACUCCAACGCAUACAUCCUUGGAACAAGCGCAAAUCAACACAAUUCAGUCACCAACAUCACCUUGUUUUGUUCCCACAUCCCCUUGCUUGUCUCCAACACCUUGUCUAUUAUAUCCGCCCCAACUAUCCCAACCAAACUUGCCUCUGAAUUGGCCGCACAGGAGGAACCACAGAUCCUGGCCUUCACCCCAACCAGUGAGUUGGCUGGACAAUUUGGUGAACUCAAACUUACCUCAGAACACUUCCCACCACCAGCAGAAUCCAUCCUGGAGACCUUCACAAACAACAACCCGCACUGGGUUUUUGCCGCCAACCUUCCGGCGACCAGCAAUAACCCAACCACUGAGGAGGCAUUAUUGGGACCGGACGCGGACAAAUGGAAGGCAGCAAUGGAACAGGAGAUUGCAACCUUGGAGAAACAGGGAAUGUACAACACCUCAACGCUCCCACCAGGCAGGAAGGCAAUGGGAUGCCAAUGGGUACUCACAAUCAAACAAAACAAGGAGGGCCAACCCAUCCAAUACAAGGCGCAACUAGUUGUGCAAGGUUACAGCCAACAGCCGGGUAUUGACUAUGGCCAAACAUUUGCUCCAGUGGUACGUUUAGAUUCUAUCCGUACACUCACAUCACUUGCCAAUCAAAAUGAUUGGGACAUCCAACAGCUUGACGUUACAUUGGCGUACUUACAUGCCAACGUUGAAGAAGAGCUUUACAUGCGUCAAAUACCAUACUUUGACAACAGAUCCAGCAACAUUCUGCGCCUACGCCAAUCACUAUACAGCCUUAAACAAGCCGGAUGCAUGUGGAAUUACGCCUGUGUGUACCACCGGAUCAUGGACAUAUCUGGCAAACUCUACGUAUCAAUUGUUGCCGUCCAUGUUGAUGACUCAAUCAUAAUUACAACCCCCAACAACACCAACUUUGUAGUAUCUGAAUUACUUUGUGAAUUUGAGAUGCGCAACCUUGGACCCAUCCGUCAUUUUUUAGGUAUACAUUUCAAACGGUAUAGACAACAAGGCCUUAAAGAUGCAUACCCAGCCAAUACUCCAAUGAGUCCAAAUGUGCAACUUACACAAUAUGAUGGAAUUAAGCCAAAAUUUCCAUACGGCAUAUUUGUUGCUCAAUACACAACAUGCUAUGGUCCCGCUCAUGUGACGGCAAUCAAACAAGUUAUACGUUACCUUAAAGGAACAUCAUUCCUUGGGCUAUUGUAUAAGCAAUUGGAGGCCAAAGUUGGAUUUGGAGAAGUUGGCUACUCUGAUGCCAAUUGGGGAAGUAACUUACUUGACUGUAAGUCUAUUUCCGGCAAUGUAUACUUAUUGGGCAGAGCCGCCGUUUCUUGGUCUGCUAAGAAGCAACCAACGGUCGCAUUAUCGACCAUGGAAGCAGAGUACAUGGCAUUAUCACACGCAUGUACUCAGGCAAUUUGGUUCCGUCAAUUCUUCCAGGAACUAUAUUACCCAGCUGACGCUCCCACACUCAUACUUUCAGACAACCUUGCCGCCCUAACGUUAUCCGUUGAGUUGCAGUUCCACGGUCGUUCAAAGCACAUCGACAUUUGCCAUCACUUCAUGCGCAAUACUAUUGAGAAGCGUAUGAUCUCUACGCUGUAUGUGCCAUUGAACAAGAACCUAGCUGAUGCGCUUACUAAAGCCCUACCAGCACCGCAAUUUAAUUACCUGACAAACGCAAUUAUGGGCAAACAGGUAUUUGAAGGACCCAAAGAGGAAGAAGCGGAUUAG